AUGGUACCCAGACUAUCGCUCGGCCACGCCGGGUCACACACCAGAAACUACCUUUAUUCUCCUCUGCCAUUGAGAAGACCUCACAUCAAGACAACUUCCACCCGUCAUGCGUCAUCCUCCGUCCCCAGGAGGUUCAUCUCUACCACUCUUCUUCUGGGAACAAGCGUGGCUCUGGUGGCUUAUUACUACGACUCGAGGUCUUUAAUGCAUGAACAUGUGAUGAUGCCCCUUGCAAGACUGAUCGACCCCGAGACAGGUCACAAGCUCGCUAUCAGACUACUGUCACUACCGAAAUGGGCCCGACCUAGGGAUAUGGGUGUUGACGGGAAGGAACUGGAAGCGGAGAUUUUUGGGAUACCACUCAAGAAUCCUAUUGGGAUAGCGGCGGGUUUCGAUAAAGAUGCCGAGGCUAUAGAUGGGUUGUUUGAUUUGGGUUUUGGGUAUGUGGAGGUAGGAAGUAUCACACCGGAACCUCAACCUGGAAACCCCAAACCUCGAUUCUUCAGAUUGACAGAAGAUUCCGCCGCUGUAAACCGCUACGGGUUCAACUCGCUAGGCCAUGGCCAAGCACUGUUCAACCUCCGUUCCCGUCUCAUUUCCUUUGCUCAAUCUCACCCAUCUUACUUCCCUUCUCCACUCCCUUCCAACCUUCUUCCCCCAUCUGGUCUACCACGUUCUCUUCGACCGGGUCAUAUCCUCGCUGUCAAUCUGGGCAAGAAUAAGACUUCUGCAGCAGAUUCUAAUGAAGAUUACGUACGAGGAGUUAGAACUCUAGGUCCAUAUGCGGAUGUGGUAGUGAUCAACGUGUCGUCCCCCAACACUCCAGGUUUAAGAGCUUUACAAGGGAGGGAGAUAUUGAAGAGGUUGUUGGAUGAUGUCGUAGUGGAGAGAAACAAGAUUAUGGUGGAUGGUCUUCCUAAAAUCGCAGUGAAAGUGGCUUGUGAUUUGAACGAGGAUGAAUUAGCGGAUGUGGCUAGUGCUGUAAGAAGUUCAGGUGUGGACGGUGUUAUCGUUUCCAAUACCACUAUCAGACGAGAAGGUUUGGGAUUGAAAUCUUCCAACGCCUCUGAAACCGGUGGUCUAUCCGGACCCCCAUUACUCCCCUACGCACUUCAGGCUGUCCGUACCUUACGUCCCCUCUUACCUCCCUCAAUACCCAUAAUCGGUUGCGGUGGAAUAUCUACAGCUUCGGACGCUUUAUCAUUCGCUCAUGCGGGAUGUUCGAUAAUUCAAAUAUACACGUCUUUCGGUUAUCGUGGUGUUGGUACUGCCCGUUUGAUAAAAGAUGAACUU